AUCACUCAGUUUUUCUUUAUCACUUUCUCUCUGCUCUCUGUGCUUGCUCUCCUGUUGUCCUUCAUUUCUUUCAAAAGUCAGUUUUGCUCUGUAAAGCAUGUGGGCGUUCAAGGUCAUCAGUAUAAAAUGAAUGUGAUUUUCGAUUAAAGAGAGAGCAGAGAGGCUGUUGGGAGUGUGGUGACGUGAACAGAAACGGCUGCCUUCCAGAUUUUCACAGGAGCAAUCAGCAGUAGUACGCAGAUCACACUUACCCUGCGUUACGAUGCCUCUAUUGAGAGAUCUUCGGAAGAAAGAUGACAUCAAUGCUGUUUAUGAGCUGAAAGAAAAACUGGGAGAGGGCUCGUUCUCUGAGGUUCGAGUGGCUCAGCACAGAUGCACUCAGAAGCUUGUGGCUGUCAAGUGCAUCCGCAAGAGAGCGCUAAAGGGAAAAGAAUCCAUGCUGGAGAACGAGAUUGCAGUAUUACGCAGAAUAAAUCAUGAAAACAUUGUCUUUUUGGAGGAAACCUUUGAGACUCCUUCUAAACUGUAUUUGGUAAUGAACCUGCUGACAGGAGGGGAACUGCUGGACAGGAUUCUGGAGAGAGGCAGUUACACAGAGAAAGAUGCCAGUCGUGUGAUAUAUCAGGUGCUGCAGGCGGUGAAGUAUCUGCACCAGCUGGGCGUUGUGCAUCGAGAUCUAAAGCCAGAGAAUUUACUGUAUGAGACUCCAUUAGAAGAUUCCAAAAUUGUCAUCAGUGACUUCGGUCUGUCUAAAAUGGAAGAGCAGGGUGCUCUUUCCACGGCCUGUGGGACUCCUGCCUAUGUCGCUCCUGAACUUUUACAGCAGAAGACAUAUGGUAAAGAGGUGGAUCUCUGGGCCAUUGGGGUCAUUACAUUUAUUCUACUUUGUGGCUAUCCUCCGUUCUACGAUGACAAUGACACACAACUCUACAGGCUGAUCAUAAAGGCUGAAUAUGAAUUUGAUUCACCAUACUGGGAUGACAUCUCUGACUCCGCGAAAGACUUCAUAGUUCACUUACUGCAGAAGGAUCCAGCGAAGAGGUUCAAUUGUGACCAGGCCUUGCAGCAUCCUUGGAUAUCAGGAGGUGCAGCUCUAGACAAAAACAUCCAUGGCUCAGUGUCGGCACAGAUUCAGAAAAAGAGUCACUGGAAGAGAGCCUUUAAUGCCACCAACAUCGUGCGUCAUUUAACAAAGAAAACCCACUCCGGGGAAGACGAUGAAGGGAAGCUCUCCACAAGUAUAGGGACCAUCUGACAAUCUACUGGCAGUAAACUGAGGCUCUGUGAAAGAAAUACCAAACAUGAAAACUGUGUCAUUUACUCAUGCUCAUGUUGCUCCAAACAAUUAUGACAUACUUUUUUUACCCUCUGUGUGAACAAUGAAAGAAGCAGUGAACAAGUUCUUGAAGAUCCAAAACUGAAACAAAAUAAUCAUCAAAACAAUUGGUUAUGAAACAUGUAAGAACCAGUCUCAUUCAGACAGUAAACUUGGUGAGAUGCAUCUUCAUGCACAUAUUGAACUAUAUGCAAAAGAGAAUUAAUGUCUGAGAACUGCAGUGGAGUUUAAGCUGGCAAGAAAAGGAUAUUAAUCCACUUUCUAAAUGCAUCUUACAGAACAUAUGGUGAACGAUUCAUCCAUGCAUAUGUUUUAUUUCUUUUACUUUUUUGACCUCGGAUUUUUAAAUCAAAAACUUUCGAAAUCUUCUGGUGAAAAUACAAAAAAAUCUUUCCUAGUUACAUGUGCGUGACCUUUCCAAUCAUUUAAUAUAUUUAACCCAAUUCUGUUCUACACUGUUUAAAGCCUUUUUUGGGAGAUUGACAGCAGGGUUAUUAUUGUUAACUAAAAGGACAUCUUUUGAAAUUGCACACACACACAGUAUAUAUAUAUAACAGUAUAUCAGUGAUGGUAAAAUAACACUGAUUGACAGUCCUUAUCAUUGUAUGCUUGAGGAAAGAGCACUUCGCUAAACUUGUCUCAAAUAUGGAAAAAUCACACAGGUUUGGAACACCAUAAGCAAGACACACUUUUCAUUUUGGGGUGUGAGAGCGCAGUGGUCACUGUGUUGGGCAGAUUGACACAGACUCUGAAGCACACCUGUGUUUUAAACGCGCCGCUGUCAGUGAGCCUUCUGCCAGAGCUACUGCUGCUACACUCGAGUGGGCUGCCACUGUAAAAACCCCCUCAGUGGAGAGCAGCUCCUUCACAACUCCUGUUUCUACUCCCCGUCUACUUGUAUUUGACGCAUAACAACAUGCUGCUAUUUGACAGAACGCAAUAUUUAGUCAUGUAGUACUGUCUGUCGGCUGUGACUACUGCCACUUGAAGCAUAUCAGUGGCCUUUGAAGAACAAAUAUGGCAUAGAAUAGGAUAUUACAAUAGAUAAAUGAAGUAAAUAGUAAUUGUUGCCUUGUAUCUGUGCUCUCAUUACACUGUGGAAUAAAUGAACUGAUCUGCA